ACAGGGAAGAACUGAAAGAUGAUAUCCGAUCUCGGAUAUGGCUCACCUACAGAAAAAAUUUCCAGAAUAUCGGUGGCACAGGACCAAGCUCAGACCAAGGCUGGGGCUGCAUGCUCCGGUGUGGGCAAAUGAUGCUGGCACAGGCAUUGAUACUUCGACACCUAGGAAGAAAAUGGAGGUGGACCGAAGAUUGUACAGACGAUGCCUACUGGAAGAUACUGAAGAUGUUCGAAGAUAAAAAGAUGGCAACAUACUCUAUACACCAGAUAGCUUCAAUGGGAGAGGCGGAGGGUAAAGCUGUGGGUCAAUGGUUCGGACCCAACACAAUAGCUCAGGUCUUAAAGCGUAUAGCUGUGUAUGAUGACUGGAGUGGCAUUGCUAUUCAUAUAGCGUUAGAUAAUGUGGUCAUACUUGAUGAUAUCU